CCAGUGAUUUCCUCCCACUCCUCUCCACAUCCUUUUUCACCUUUUCAUACCAUACUGGUUCAGUGAGAGGCUUCAUCCUGGCCGGCACGAUUCCAGCCAAGGGGGAAGAGGACUUCCUGACGCUGGCCGCUUCACGGCUCAGCCGCAGGAAACGUGUCAUUGGAGCUGCUGUAGGUGUGGCCAUGGUUCUAAUACUGUUGGUGGCCAUUCCCCUGCUGGUCCACACAACCAAAGGGGGGAACACCGGAAAUGCAGGGAGCCAUUAUGAAAUGCUUGGAAGCUGCAGGAUGGUAUGUGACCCCUACGCUACGUCUCAGCCUGGCCAGGAGCUGACAGCUGUGUCUCCUCCGCCCCAGGAUUACUCUGGGAAGAAGCUAAAGUCUGGGCUGCGUGGGCCUCCAGGGAUUCCUGGCCCUCAAGGAGCACGUGGACCCCCUGGAGAGCCUGGUAAACCUGGGCCACAGGGGCCUCCAGGUCCAGGUCCUGGUGGCUAUUCUCCCUCACUCUACACUCCCAAAAUCGCCUUUUAUGCAGGGCUACGCAAACAGCACGAGGGGAGCGAAAUACUGAAGUUUGAUGAUGUGGUGACCAAUGUAGGUAACUACUAUGAGCCCAGCACCGGCAAGUUCACCUGUCCUCUGCCUGGCAUCUACUUCUUCACCUACCAUGUUCUAAUGAGAGGUGGUGAUGGGACCAGCAUGUGGGCAGACCUGAAGAAGAACGGACUGGUAAGAGCCAGCGCCAUCGCUCAGGACGCUGAUCAGAAUUACGACUACGCCUCCAACAGUGUGAUCCUGCAUUUGGACGUGGGUGAUGAGGUGUGUGUGCAGCUGGACGGAGGGAAGGUCCACGGAGGGAACACAAACAAGUACAGCACCUUCUCCGGCUUCCUCAUCUACCCAGACUGAAUCUAAUCCUCAACCACGGAGAGUGGACACCAACACACACACACACACACACACACACAUAGACAUAUCCACACGACAUGUACGUAUGCAAAUUAAUGCACACACACAGACAUGCACACGCACGAUGCCUGCAUGUACACACAAAAACACACACACACAAAUGCAAGCAAACACAUACAGACAUCCUGAGAUUACAACAGACUACAGAAGCGUGGAUGGAGUGAAAAUCAGAGAUAAGUGGAAUUAAGCCGAGCUGUGUGAUUUUGAGCCAAUCAUCACGAGCACCUGCAACUAUUGUCGCCUUUUGUGCAAAUAUGAAUAUCAGAAGAUGUACAGUAUAGGUGCACAUAACAAUUGCACGUUGUGGCUCUGAAAUAUCUAAAAUACUUUAAUGUUUUCCAUAUUAACUGACAUUGUGACGACUAGAAUAUAACAAACACCAUCAGUCUAAUUGUGUUUUAAUGCAAUAAUGGUGUUGAGGGUGCCAUUAAACAAGAUGACUAAGCCGAGGCAAACACACAACUGCUGUACUCCAGUCUUUACCUUACACAUUUCUGCUCUCCAUCCCAGUGACCUCUGAUCGAAAUGGCCUGCCUACAUUUUGCAACCCAUCACUGUAACAGAUAUUUCUCCCUAAAGUAAAUUACACCAGAUGAAAUUAAACCCCUGUUGUGAUUCCCCAUGCAUCGGGGCCGUACUGAUUAAAACAAGGCCAUCUGAAUAAACACAGAUGUUUGACCUUUCUUUCCUGUUUCCAUCAUGACGCAGGACAUCACAUAGCGAGAUUAAACAAAACAUGUUACAGGGCAACACAUUUUAUGGAUGGCACUUGUGUGUGAUGAAGUUUAAAUUGCCAAGUGCAUUAUUGACAAUAUUGUGUGUGUGCGUGUGUGUGUGAGUGAGUGUGUGGGUGUGAGUGGAUCUAUAGAUACUGUAAUAUAAUGAGGCAGUGAAAGUAACAGCUGCAGUGUUUUACUUACAUUAAAUGUUGUACAAUACAUUACAGGCACGUUACUGUAAUUACACUGCCAUACCUACUUAGUACUUUAUUUUUGAGAGACCCUGUUAAAGUAUCAUCAUAUGUAUAAACAGUACUCCUGAGAUGGGCUAUCUGGUAUGUUGAAUAUAGGCUGAGUGGAAAGUUGCUAUUA